GAAGGCUAGAACGCCGUCUCCUGUAUCGAGAACAGAUAACACUCUACAAACUUUAAUCUCCAUCCAUCAGUCAAGAUAGAUACUGCUCUGUUUGAAUACUGCAAGGUGUGCUGCUCCAUUAACCCUUUUUAUGAAGUUAGUAGCAACGAGAUUGUUAAAUUGAAGAUAACGUUGACCUACGGUGCAGAGCCCAAUAAAAAAAAAAUGGUGGGUGGGGAGGAAAGUUUCAAGACACGGCCCCUUACUGGCAUACCACCAAUGGUUUGAUGCCCAAUCAAAUGCGGAAACGAACAAACCCGGCCCCCUGAUUUUUUAAAACACAGGAAUGUGGGUUAUGACUCCAGACCCAGCAAGGGCUCCCCCCAUAGUUACCGCAGCAUGCUGGACACAGUUACCGGACUGGAGAAUAAAGCCCAAGAGUGACAAGGCACUACCGGGAGGGGAUCUGGUGGACAGGGACUGGAAAACCACAACACAGGAGACUGUGAAUGUACAAAAGAAGCUAGAAAGAAGUGGAAGAACUAAGACAAGACUUUGGAAAAUAUAAACUUUAUACAAAGAGGGCAGAUUCCUAGCGGCAUCGCUCUGAUAACCGGCGACAUAGUAAGCAAACAAGAAAAAAGCUCGCCGAGAAGGGAAGAAGCGUCUCUCUGCCAAAGCCGCUGAGCACAUUAUCCCAUCACACCGGAUGUUUGUGGGAGGACCACAGUGACAGGUGGCACACGUGGAGCAUCAGGUCUCUGACAAGCUGAAAAUGGUGCUGCAGGUCGGCACAGACCGGGAGGAGGAACCUCAUAAUAGGUCCCCAAAAUGCACCUUACUCAACUCUUGUUCUCACCGGCUGGUGACCAAAGAUGGACACAGCACCACAACGGCUGUCGGAAUGCAAGGCCAAGGCUUGUCCUACCUGCGUGAUAUCUGGGGGUUGUUACUGGACAUGCGCUGGCGUUGGAUGAUGCUGGCAUUUUCUGCCUCCUUCCUGGCCCACUGGCUUCUCUUUGCUGUGUUUUGGUACCUCCUGGCAGGGAUGAAUGGGGACCUGGCACUGGAUCACGAUGCCCCUCCAGAGAACCACACUAUUUGUGUUAAAUACAUCACUAGCUUCACUGCCGCAUUUUCAUUUUCCCUGGAGACGCAGCUCACCAUUGGAUAUGGCACCAUGUUCCCCAGUGCGGAUUGCCCUAGUGGUAUUGCACUGCUGGCAAUACAGAUGCUUCUGGGAUUAAUGCUUGAAGCCUUCAUUACAGGUGUGUUUGUAGCAAAAAUUGCACGUCCUAAGAAUCGAUCCCCCUCAAUACUGUUCUCAAAGCUGGCAGUGGUGGGAAGUCCAGAAGGCAAGCCAUGUCUUAUGUUCCAGGUGGCCAAUACACGGCCAAGUCCAUUAACCAUGGUGAGAGUGAGUGGAAUCCUCUACCAAGAGAGGGGUGAUGGGCAAAUCCAGCAGACUAGCGUGGACUUUUCAUUGGAUAGUCAAAACAGCGGGGUAGAGUGCCCCUUUUUCUCCUUCCCACUUACUUACAAUCAUAGCCUAUCUUCAGGAAGUCCUCUGGCAACCCUACUUCAGCGAGAGACAUUACCCAACUCUGCUCACUCGGAGUUAGUCGUCUGCUUAUCAGCUACUCAGGAAUCAUCAGGGGAAAUCUGUCAGAGUCGUACAUCCUAUCUGCCCAGCGAGAUCCUCCAAGGCCAUCGAUUUGCACCCUGCCUAAUGAGACAGGCUGAAGGAGGAUAUCGCAUCUGCAUGGAAUCAUUUGGACGGCCGCUCCCGGAGCUACCCCAAUCGUCACACAGACAGUCGUACAGAACUGAACUGGAAGUCUGUGCUAAUGGGCAAAGAGCGGACACCUUCCAAAUCUGCGAGACUGGCCUGGGGGAGUAAUAGCCGGCCACUACAUUGCUGUCCUUCCCCUUUCAGCCAUCCUCACUUUAAUAACCAAGCUGACCCUUCGCCAAAGGAUUUUCACACUGGAAACGAGGGUGGUGUUAAGGCUCCAAAGACUGUUCUGUGAUCAUUUACUGCAGGACUACAUGCACUGUAUGGCCUUUGCUGCAGGAGGGGCCUAUAGGGCAUUGCCCAGCCGACAUGUACAACAACGUUAACAAUACAGCAUCGCUCAGAGGAGUGAGAGCACUCCAGAGAGAAGAAGGACAGAGUAGGUUUAAGGGGCAAAAUGUUGUGCAAAAACUGUGGACAUGCUCAUACAAUAACAUAUAUAUAUGUAUGCAUUUGUAAAGCAGGCAAGCGUACAUAAAAGGCAACAAGUGCAAAUGAAACCAUGGACAUUUGAGAAGCUAAACCUCGCUGUUCUAUACGGUUGGCUUAUUCUAGCAGAUUGUCCUUUUAAAGUGGAGCGCACUAUACUCUACCAAGGAGCAAUACAACACCCAAGACGUAGAGGUGCCCAAAGAUGUACAUAUCCAACGGGAAAACUAAAACCGUUCUUUUACAUACAUACGUUUAAUACAUAUGCAAAAUAUGCUAAAGCACAUGCAUUCCCUUUAAUCUUUUGUUGAAUCUGGCUCUGUGUUCUUAGUAGAAUUGCUGUACUAACCCUUAACAAUUCCCAGCUAGCGGAUUACCAGAGAAGAGCAGAAAGAAAGAGGCUUGUUGGCAGAGCAGGAAGAAGCCGAGGGAUGGCAGGGAGGCCGGCCCCGUAACAUUCAUUGCAUAUACUUCUGACAAUAAACCUGAAUAAACUGUGCGCUUCCAGCUGA